AUGCCAUGUCCACAUGCUAUUGUUAUAUUAAGCAAACUACACCAAGAACCAUAUCAAUACUGCUCAGACUUUUUCACUAAAGAAAAUAUGCUUGCCACAUAUGAAGGAGUUGUCUAUCCAAUGCCUAGCCAAAAUAAUUGGGAUUUACCUGCCAAUGUUGAAAGUAUGGAAGUUCUUCCGCCAAUAGGAGCAAUUCCAGCAGGAAGACCAAAGAAAAGAAGAAUCACGGCACCAAAUGAAAUAAAGAAGACAAAUCAGUGUGGAAGAUGCAAACAAAGAGGACAUAAUAAGAAGACAUGUAAAAAUAUACCAAAAUAA